AACCUGGAGAGGAUGUCUCGGGUAUGAUGUGAAAAAUCCUUUUGACCUUUGUUAACAACUACUAUUUUGCCAACUACUGCCAUGUUUCCACGUGUGCAAUACUCUUAAAUUUUUUAAUGUUUUGCGGAAGUCACUCUCCGGUCUGAAGUGUAGACUAAACCGAACCCAUAAAGCACGGCCUAAUGGCUAAUUAUAUACCUCAGAACUUGGUCAGCACCCUCAUCAUAAGACUCUCUCAAGUCAUGCUCCACUUCAAUGCUCAUGGGUCCAUCUCUUACAAUUUUUUCCAUACCAAAAUCACCAACAUCCUCAAAAAGUAGUUGUCAUGAUUAGGUAGUUCAGCACCAAUUUCACUGCAUUCCUGUCUUGUUUAUAAAGACAAAUUGCCCACCCGAAACACCCACGAUUUCAACUACCUCAUAGAGCUUCCCAAGAUGUCUUUUUUCUGGUUCUCAAACAUGGUCCGUAUGCACCUCUCAUGGCCUGUACUAACCUAUGCCGCCACGUGGAUAACGCUGCUAACGUUGAUGGUGGCAGCGGCGUCUAUGUCGCCGCAGGUGGCGUUUGUCUCCGCCAUAACGCCUUCCUCUAAAUUCUCUCAGAAGUGCAGCAGUGGUGGGUCCAUUAGAAUGCCCUUGGAUGUUCCAGGUGACAUCCUGUGUUUCCCUGCUCAUAUGUUCGUGAGGUCCAAGGUUGAUCUAAUCGUUCCACCCGUCUUUGCAGCGGUGAUUGUAGCGGCUUCUGCUUGCGUGGUUCGUGCUGUGGGCUUGUGGGAGCAUGAUCAAACUCCUUCAGAUGCAAAUUAACUCGGUAAUUGGUAUUUCCAUACCCUCUAGCGGCGCUGGGAACAGAAAUUAUUACAUCGGUCAAUCUCUGCGUGACACACUCGAGAUUUUUAUGUGUCAAGUGGAAAUUGAGCAGGAACAUAAAUGUCCGAGAUUAUAUGAUAAUUUCUAGUUGGGUUGGGAAGAGCUUCUCUUAAACACGAUCUGACGUGGACCUUUUUUGUAAACAAAGGCUAAGAGUUUGAGCUAAACUCGUUGAUUCUAUAAACAUGUGAUCAUUUGUCUUUGUAAGAAAGUUCAAGAUCCUCAAAAUCUAUAAUAUAUUAUUAUGUGUUUAACAAUA